CUGUUUUUAAGCUAAAGUUUCCAUCAAUAAUUUAGUCCCAAUUAGGACUAUCUAUGUUGCCCACUAUUGCAGCUUUUAAAACUGCAAUCAAACUACAAAUAAAAUAAGGGACGUGGUUCUUUUUUUUUUUAAAAAGAAUCAGGGAGGUGGUUAAUAAUCAUAUUUCAAUUCCAAUCAUCAUUAAUUACAUUAUUGACAACAGAGUAAUCGGUUUCACCAAGAGAUUGAAGGCCGAAUACUGGUUAACGAGGACAUGACAAUUUAUAAUCCAUUAGUCUCUCAAAAUGAGCUCCAUGACCAUCAUUUAUCAUCCAUCUUGUGAAUUUUUUGUGACUGAAUUGUUAGUGGACUGAUAAUAGUUUACUAUUUUAAAUUCUGUAAAAGACAAGGCCAUUCCGGUAAAUUCAAAACUAAUACACCAUCCUAACAACCCCGGUGGUCUCACAGGAAAAACACGUCCACCGUCACAACUAACUCCGUCUCAACCACCACGUCGAUGUCCUCCGCCAUCAUUUUUGGCGGAGCCACCGCCGUAAAACCACCAACAUUACCCCAAAAACAUCGUGCUGUAGUCGCCAAUUUCUACUCACCCAAACCCAACAUCACCAGUUGGAAAUUUCAAAACAGAAUCCAAAAUCCCAAUGGCUCAGCUUCACUCCGCUCUCUUCUCCGCCUUCGUGUUUCUUCCAACAAUACACAGUUCAACUCAGUUCCCGAAAAUAACAACAACCAACAGCAACAACAACCGAGUUUUACCGAGUUCAUCACUUCAGAACGAGUCAAAGUGGUGGCUAUGCUCGCUCUAGCUCUCGCUCUAUGCAACGCCGAUCGUGUUGUCAUGUCCGUCGCCAUCGUUCCUCUAUCGCUUGCAAACGGUUGGAGCCGCUCUUUCUCUGGAAUCGUUCAGUCUUCUUUUCUUUGGGGAUAUUUGAUUUCGCCUAUAGGUGGAGGAAUGUUGGUGGAUAACUAUGGUGGCAAAGUGGUUAUGGCUUGGGGUGUGACAUUGUGGUCAUUUGCUACUUUUCUUACUCCCUGGGCUGCAGAGACCUCCCUUUUGGCUCUACUUGCUGUCCGUGCUUUGCUCGGUGUGGCUGAAGGUGUAGCUCUUCCGUCCAUGAAUAACAUGGUGGCCAGAUGGUUUCCUCAAACUGAACGGGCAAGGGCUGUUGGAAUUUCGAUGGCUGGAUUUCAGCUGGGAUGUGCAAUAGGGCUCACGCUUUCUCCCAUUCUCAUGUCGCAAGGCGGUAUAUUUGGUCCGUUUGUGAUUUUUGGUUUGUCUGGUUUUCUUUGGGUGUUGGUGUGGUUGUCAGCAACAUCAAGCACUCCUGACCGAAGUCCUCAGAUAUCAAAAUAUGAGCUGGAGUAUAUAUUGAAUAAAAAGCAAAAGUCUUUUCCAGUGGAGGCAAAGAAAGUUAAAGUUUUCCCUCCUUUCAGACGCUUGCUUUCAAAAAUGCCAACAUGGUCUCUAAUUGUUGCAAACGCCAUGCAUAGCUGGGGGUUUUUUGUUGUUCUUUCUUGGAUGCCCAUAUACUUCAACUCAGUAUAUCAUGUGGAUCUCAGGCAUGCGGCAUGGUUUAGUGCUGUUCCAUGGGUUGUGAUGGCUAUCAUGAAUUACCUUGCUGGCUUUUGGUCAGAUAUGAUGAUACAAAAUGGUACAAGUGUCACUUUGACUCGUAAGAUUAUGCAGUCCAUUGGUUUUGUUGGUCCUGGACUUAGCCUCAUUGGUUUAGCAACGGCAAAAAACCCCUCAGUUGCUUCUGCUUGGCUUACGUUAGCCUUUGGCUUGAAAUCUUUUGGUCACUCUGGUUUUCUUGUGAAUCUUCAGGAGAUUGCACCACAGUAUUCUGGUGUUUUACAUGGAAUGGCAAAUACUGCUGGUACACUUGCGGCUAUAAUUGGAACAGUUGGAGCUGGCUUUUUUGUUGAGCUGGUGGGAUCGUUCCGAGGAUUUCUGUUACUUACAUCACUCUUAUAUUUUCUUGCUGCCCUUUUCUACUGCCUAUUCUCUACUGGAGAAAGAGUAAAUUUUGAUAAUCCUGUUUGCUGAUGAGCACCGGAAGCUAAAUAGAGUUCUACUGUAUAGCUCAAUUACUUGUAUAUGAGAGGAGAUUAAGUGAAGAAUGACCAAAGAUGGUUUACAUUUUCUUACUGUCAUGUUCUUUGCCUCAAAAACAAAAACCUGUCAUUUCUGUAUAAGAGACACCAACCAUCUAUUGGAUGUAAAAUUGUACAGUUUAUUCUUACGUGCAUUGAGGGUCUCUCUUCUACUUACAUUUGGAA